AUGGCAACCUUGAAUACCGAUGUCGACUUCAGCGAGAGUCGAGCGACUGAGAUCCACCUAAUCGGCUGGGUCUUUACCGGCAUUGCCAUUUUGACUGUUUUGUUGAAGCUUGUCUCCCGUGUUGGGGUUGUUAAGAAGGCUGGCUGGGAUGACUUUUUCAUCUUCUUCUCGCUGGCUCUCAGCAUCAUUGCCACGGCGUUCGUGUCAUACUCAGUCACUCUUGGCCUGGGUCGACACACCGCAGCGGUCAUCGCUGAACAUGGCAUGGAAAGAACGGCGAUGACGGCCAAAUGGCAGAUUAUUGGAUUUCCAUUUAAUAUCGGCGCAUUCAGCUUCCCUAACAUUUCCAUCUCCAUCCUCGUCAGCAAUCUCCUCGAUCCGAACGUUCUCCGCACGCGGCUUCUCUACGGCAUGUCGAUACUACAAGUCAUCUUCGCCAUGGUCUCCGUCUUCAUCGUGUUUCUACAAUGCCGACCAACCCAGAAGCUAUGGGACGCUUCGAUAGACGGUACAUGCUGGGAUCCGGCGGUGUUCGACGACUUCUCGUACUGGGUCAGUGCGUACACAACGAUGACGGACAUUAUUCUAGCGAUCGUCCCAAUCCAAUCGUUCUGGAACCUGCAGAUGCGGUCCUCGAAGAAACUGAGCGUGUGCAUCAUGAUGGGACUGACGCUACUUUCCGCCAUCGUGACGAUCGUGAAAGCGACGUAUUUGCAUCUGUUUACUGAUAAGGUGGAUCCACUUUGGAACGUCGUUCCACUGGUAAUCUGGGGACUUAUCGAGCAGAAUGUCGUCAUCGUUGCAGCCUGCAUUCCAACCCUCCGCCCCUUUUUCCGUCGCGUCUUUGGCACCAAAGGAUUCACUACCAGUGGCACCGGCACCGGCACUUCUCGCACCCACUCUAAAUUCGGCAUUCAUCUCUCCUCGAACCCUACCCACACAGGGACGAAGCACUCCAUAUCAGUAUCGGAGCUUCCGCUUGAUGAGAGACAGCAUAGGGGCGAUGGAUAUGAUGCUGAGAGCAAUGAUAGUCAGCAAGGGAUUUGGCGCACCAGAGAGGUGCGAGUUGAGAGUGAUGCCGAGGAAGAUGAGCGUAUGAUGGAUAGGAAUUAUCGGGAAGGGGUGCCAGAGAAUCUGCGGAGUCCGAGGUAAUGCUAUAGAAAUAUAAUAAAAGCGUCCGGUAUAUUUUGCCUUCUUGCCCAACUACAGAACAAGGAGGCGGAUCUAUCACUUUAUUGAAGGCCUUCUCAAGACAAUACCUUUC